AUGAUGUCACAUUUAAGUAAAAAGAAACGUGCACAAUUAACACAAUAUCUUGAUGAGCAAGAUCGAUCUCGUACUCCAAUGGCAGCAAUAUUAAGAAGUUAUAAUAAAUUUGUUUUGAAAAAUCCUUUAUUAGUAAUGAGUUUAACUACAGGAACAACGAUGGGCUUGGGAAAUAUUAUUUCACAGACAAUUAUUGGAAAACGAACAUGA